AUGACACCACAGCGCUCCACUUCGACUUGCAGCCCAGCUUCGCAUCAAAAGCUUGACGACAGUAGCGAUCUAGAGAAAGCGGAAUACGACAGCGAUGGACGACUUGGAUCGUCGUCUUCGUCUGCUCAUCACGACUCGCAAGUACCGGUAGCACAAACAGGUCUCGCAUCACCCAACAAUGACACAAAUACUCCACCAACGAGCAAUGAUAUCGAGAAGGAUGGCGAGACAAGUCAUCCAUCAAGAAAGUCUGAAGACGAGAAGCGGGCCUUUCUCGUGAAGUUCGACGAUGGCGAAGCAACUAACCCUAGGAAUUGGGGUACUUACUACAAAGCUUUCAUCACAUUCGAGCUUGGUAUGCUGGCGCUGGCCGCCUCCUUGGGUUCCUCAAUCAUUGCGCCCGCUGAGCCGGCCAUAUCAAGUUAUACAGGCGCAAGUCUGGAGGCCACAGUGUUGAGUGUGUCACUAUACGUUCUCGGUUUCGCCUUUGGACCGCUGCUCUGGGGCCCGAUCAGUGAAGUCUACGGUCGCAAAUGGUCUAUCCUGCCAGCCAUGUACUGCCUGGCGCUUUUCAGUAUUGGUACAGCCGUUAGCAAGAACGCAGCCAGCGUCUUCAUAACACGGUUCUUUGGCGGUGUCUUCGGCUCUGCACCCGUCAGCAACGUCUCCGCAGCGCUGGGUGACAUGUACUCACCCAAAGCUCGUGGCAUAGCGGUGACUUUCUACGCCGUCUGCGUCGUCGGCGGACCAACCAUUGGACCCAUCAUCGGCUCAGCACUGACUGUCAAUCCACAGCUUGGCUGGCGCUGGACAGAAUACUUAGAGGCGAUCUGGACAGCAGUCGUAGCGACCUUCACCCUAUUCCUAAUGCCCGAGGUCUAUUCUCCAGUGCUUCUACAGCGCAAGGCGCAACGUCUGCGGAAGGAGACUGGCGACAACCGGUACUGGCACCCGCACGAGUCGUCCAAAAUCACCUUCAGCAACAUCCUGACGAAACAUGUCAGCCGGCCACUGAAGAUGCUCACCACAGAACCUAUGGUUCUUUGCAUAGCUAUCUAUGCCUCUUUCGUCUAUGGUCUGCUAUACUUGACCCUUGAAGUCUUCCCGAUCGUCUACUUGGAAAUGCGGCACUUCAGUCCAGUCGUCUCUACCUUGCCCUUCCUGGGCUUGUUCGUGGGAGUACUAGCAGCUAUGGGCAUCAACCUCGCCAACCAGCCGCGAUAUUCUCGCAUCGUGGAGCAGAAUGGUGGCCGUGCAGUACCAGAAGCACGACUGCCUCCAAUGCUCAUCGGUGGAUUGCUCUUCGUCAUAGGACUGUUUUGGUUUGGGUGGACCGCCGACCCAAGAUUCCACUGGGCCAUACCUACCGUAGCCACAGUUUUCAUCGGCGCCGGCUUCAACGUCAUCUUUCAGCAAUGCAUAAACUUUUUGGUGGACACCUAUUCGCUUUAUGCAGCUAGUGCUGUCUCAGCGAACACUUUCCUGCGAAGUUUGCUAGGUGCUGGUUUACCUCUUGCGGCGAGGCCGAUGUUCUUGAACAUGGGCGUAGGACCGGCGUGCAGCGUACUCGGUGCUGUAGCUGUGCUGGCUUUGCCUGUGCCACUCAUAUUCAUGCGGUAUGGACUGAAGUUGAGGAAGAUGAGCAAGUUUGCGCCGGUAGAGGAGUGA